GCAGCGAUUCAAACGCGGGAGGCCCGAGCUCUCUUUCCAUGUCUUGGCCCGGCGCCGAUGCUGUGAGCGCGAGUCGACUUUUCUACAACCAUUUAUUAUCAUCUCGCAACUAGACUCCAUUGUAGCUUGAACGCAUCUUGGAAAAGCGCCUGAUCUCUGCGCUUCUGCUUUCGCUCGCUCCUCGACUCCUGAUCGCCUCCGCCCAUCCUCUUCAGGCCUCAUUCUCUCGGCGCAAAUCCCAGAAGCAGCUCGCGCGCCUCUCCACGACCUUGACGAUUCGACGACUAUAUACUAUACCCUCCUUAGACCGAACGAGCGCCCUCGAGGGUCGCUCCCCACCCAUCGCCCAUCAUGUCUAUCACCUCCAACAUGUCCAUGUACUCGCUCACCCUGCAACCUGCUGGAGUCAUCACCCAUGCCAUUGUCGGCAACUUUGUCGCAAGCAGGCCGAAAGAGCAGCAAGUCAUCCUGGCUCAGGGUGAAAGACUGAGUCUGUUGACCAUUGACAAGGACACCGAUCAAAUCCGCACAAUCCUCACACACAACGCCUUUGGCAUCCUGCGCAACCUGUCGUCCUGCAGAGUCCCCGGUACUCCUCGCGACCUGAUCAUCGUAUCCUCCGACUCUGGCCGUGUCUCCCUCCUCCAGUACGAUGACGAGAAGAACCGCUUCGAACGCGUCCAUCUCGAGACUUUCGGCAAGUCAGGCAUCCGUCGUACCAUCCCUGGCCAAUACCUCGCCUCAGACCCCCGCGGUAGAUGCUGCAUGUUUGCCUCUGUCGAAAAGAACAAGGUCGUGUAUAUCCUCAAUCGCAAUUCGGAGCAACAAGUCACCAUCUCCUCCCCUCAAGAAGUCAACCGUCCUCAGACAUUAACCUUCGACAUCUGCCCUGUCGACACAAACUUCCAGAACCCCGUCUUUGCCGCACUCGAAGUCGACUACACAGACAGCGACCAGGACCCGACAAACGAAUCAUACGACAUCCGCGAGAAGCUGCUCGUCUACUACCGUGUUGACCUCGGCCUGAACCACGUUGUCCGCGAAUGGGCCGAUGCUGUCGACUACUCAGCCAACAAGCUGUUCCCUGUGCCUGGUGGUCUCGAUGGCCCCAGCGGUGUCGUUGUCUGCUCUCAAGGAAAGAUCACAUACCGUCAUCCUAUGCAGGAGGCCCACACUCUGGUCAUUCCUCGUCGCAAGGGUGGUCUUGAGAACCCCGACCGCGAGAGACGCAUUGUCGCUGGUGUCGUGCAUCGUUUCAAGGCUGGCUUCUUCCAUCUCCUACAGACUGAGGAUGGUGACUUGUUCAAGCUGACCAUGGAUCUUGUUGAGGAUGAUCAAGGUCGUAAGACUGGUGAGGUUGCCAGCAUUGAGCUUCGUUACUUUGACACAUUCCCCAUCGCCUCGACCAUGUGCAUCUUGAAGUCCGGUUACCUCUUCGUAGCAGCAGAGAACGGCGACAGCCACUUCUACCGCUUCCUCAAUCUAGGAAUGAACAUCGACCCUCUUACCGACAGCACCGCUCAAGAGAUCUCAUACUUCUUCCCUCACGACUACGACAACGUAGAUCAAUCCGCCACUGUCCCUAGCAUGCACCCUCAGCGAAAAACUGUGGUACAAGACAUCACUGGUGGCGAUGAUUGGAAGAUCUACACAACUGCCGGAACUGGUACUCGCAGCUCCUUCAAGGUUGUCAGCCAUGGUUUGAGCGUCAGCGAGCAGACUCGUGCCGAACUGCCUGACCAACCCAAUAAUCUCUGGGUAGUGUCAGAUGAUCGUUUCUCAGAAGCGGACAAGUACAUUGUAUUGGGUUUCCGCGAUGCCACUCUCUUCCUGGAAGUCGGUGAGAACACUCACGAAGUCUCUGACCACGGACUGCACAAGGAGGUCACAACGAUUCACAUGGGCCUCAUGGGCGACACCGGUAUCUUGCAAGUCUGGGAUAGAGGUUUCCGCUUCUACACUGGACCUGAUAGCCCACAAGAAGACUGGAAAUGCCCUCCGCAUCGCACAAUUAUCAAAGCUUCAAACAACCACCAACAGCUUUGUCUAGCACUAAGCUCUGGUGAGCUUCUAUACUUCGAGGUCUCACAAGACGGCCGAAGGAUUCAGGAGUACGAGCAAGGUGCCGACGUCUUGACUGUUUCAGGUGUUGUCCAAGCCAUGAGCAUGGGCGAUGUUCCUGAAGGUCGCGUCAGAUCUCCCUUCCUCGUCGUUGGAUGCGACGACUCGACCAUUCGCGUCUACUCCCUUGAUCCCGGUGGUGAGAUGCUCAAAUCACAAUCCAUCCAAUCCCUCACAUCGCCUCCUCGCUCGAUCGAGAUUUUGCCCAUGGAAGACUCGACCGGUAUGACCACCUUUGUCCACGUUGGUCUCUUCUCCGGCCUGUACCUCCGUGCUGUCUUGGAUGAUGUUACUGGCGAACUCGGCGAUGUACGAUCACGUUUCCUCGGCGCCGACGAGGCCAAGCUCUACCCAGUCGCUGUCAAUGACAGCCCCGCGGUGCUGGCCUGUGGUGCCAAAACCUUCCUCUCAUACCCACAUCCUGAGACCAAGGAGCUAUUGCUCACCCCUCUCGACUACCACUCAUUCAACUGCGCUAGUAUGCUGAGAUCUAGAGUUGCCGGUCGCAAGGGCCAAACAUCUGUCAGACAGUCAAUUGUCGCAUUACGUGGCGCAGAAAUCUUUGUGUUCAGCAUCGGAGAUACCUCAAACAACAUCCUCACAAAAUCCAUCCCACUCAAACACACCCCUCGCGAUUUCUGCAGACACCCGGAAUAUCGCUACUUCUCCGUCAUCCAAUCAGAUCAGAAUGUCCUCAGCAAGCAGGCCAGAGAGACGCUACUUGCUGAUCCGACAAGAUCAGAAGAGGACAAGAAACAGAUGGGCCCGAGCGACCAAUUUGGCUGGCCACGAGGACCUGGAUGGGCUUCAUGCAUUCAAGUCGUCGACCCGACAGCUGAAGAUGAAAAGGAAGGCGUCGCAUACACGGUUGACCUUGACUCAAAUGAGGCUGCUUUGUGCUGUGAUAUGGUACCAUUUGAGAACCAAGACGGCGAAGUAUUCUUGCUUGUUGGUACCGGCAAGAACAUUCCUUCUGGUGCACCAACACCGAGCUCGCCCAAAUCGACUGGCUCAGUACACGUAUACCGAGUGCUAGAUCCUGGCAACGAGCUUGAACUUAUCCACAAGACCGACUUCGACAAGCCGAUUCGUGCGCUUAUGCCCUUCCAAGGCCGUCUAGCGCUCGGUGUUGGCAACGAAGUCUUCAUUUACGAUCUCGGUAUGAAGGCCCUACUGCGUAAGGCUCGUUGCCGUGUACCUGGUACACAGAUCAUUGGCAUGAAGACACAAGGAUCGCGUAUCGUCGUUGGUGAUGUGCAAGAAUCCGUUUCUUACGUCGUCUACAACCACAAGGACAACAAGCUCACACCAUUCGCUGAUGAUGUUAUUGCUCGUUGGACUACUUGCUUCACAAUGCUCGACUAUGAUACUGUAGCUGGUGGUGACAAGUUUGGUAAUGUUUGGGCUGUGCGUUGUCCAAAGUCUGCCUCCGACGAAGCAGACGAACCUGGCGCAGCAUCAUUCCUCGCCAACGAGAAGGCAUAUCUCGGCGGCACACCUCACCGUCUCGCAUUGCAGUUCCAUGACUUCGUCCAAGAUAUUCCCAUGUCGAUGCAGAAGACAACGCUCGUCCCCGGUGGCCAAGAAGUGAUCUUCUGGGCUGGUCUGCAAGGCACACUCGGUGUCUUCGUUCCUUUCAUGGACAGAGAAGACGUCGACUUCUUUGGCAGCUUGGAGCAACACUUGCGCACUGAAGACCCACCGAUCUGCGGACGCGACCAUCUCAUGUACAGAAGUUACUACAUUCCUGUCAAGGGCUGUAUCGACGGUGAUCUCUGUGAAAGAUUCUUCCUGCUGAGCAGAGACAAGAAGGAGAGAAUCGCUGGUGACCUGGAUCGCACAGUCAGAGAGGUUGAGAAGAAGAUUGGUGAGAUGAGAACGAGAGUUGCAUUUUAAGCGAGACC